AUGGCCAACGUAUCAUUCAGGCCUGUGCAUGGGGCUCGAUUCUUCAUAAUUAUCCUCGCAGUAUGUGUUAUUUUGUAUUGGUAUUUUUAUUUGCUACGAGUUCGACAAAACGAGGAUUUUGCGUCACUUGGACAGCGUAUUUCUUUGCAGGCCGAAGGAAAGCAGUUCUCGCUCAAUGGACGCCCGUUUCAGAUUCUGAGCGGCGCUGUUCACUAUUUCCGAGUCCACCCCGACUACUGGAAGGAUCGACUACUGAAGCUGAAAGCAUGUGGUUUAAAUACAGUAGAAACAUAUGUUCCAUGGAAUGCACAUGAAGAGGUGAAAGGUCAAUUUGACUUUACUGGUAUACUUGAUCUUGUGAGGUAUAUAAAACUUGCCCAAGAGGUCGGUUUGUUUGUGAUAUUCCGACCAGGACCCUAUAUUUGCUCAGAAUGGGAUUUUGGAGGCUUACCAAGUUGGUUGUUACAUAGUCCCGACAUGAGAGUUAGAACAACGGAUCCUAACUUUCUGAGUGCUGUUGAUCGCUACUUUGAUGAGUUAUUACCAUUGGUGGAACCACUACAGUUUUCUAAUGGAGGACCAAUCAUAGCGAUACAGGUUGAGAAUGAGUAUGGUUCAUAUGGAAGUGAUCUGAAUUACAUGAUUUAUAUCAAAGAGACAAUGGAAAAACAAGGAAUGAAGGAAUUAUUCCUCACAUCUGACGGCAACACAGAGGAACGUUACAUGAAUGGACGUAUUCCAGACGUGUUGAUGACCGCAAACUUUCAAAUUAAACCAGAGAAAAAUUUUGGAUUUGUGCAAUCAAUACAGGGGGAAAACAAACCAUUGAUGACUAUGGAGUAUUGGUCUGGAUGGUUUGAUCAUUGGGGAGAACAACAUCACGUACUGAGUACUGAAGAAAUGGAGAAGGUACUUGUAAAGGUACUGGACAUUGGGGCAUCUGUCAACUUUUAUAUGUUUCAUGGUGGUACAAACUUUGGAUUCUGGAAUGGUGCCAAUUUAGAAUAUGAUGGAACAUAUUUACCAACAGUAACCAGUUAUGAUUAUGAUGCCCCGCUGUCUGAAUCAGGAGAGAUGACAGAGAAAUAUUUUAAAAUAAAAGAGAUAUUGAAAAAACAUGCACUGCCUGGAAUGGUUCCAGCUAAUCUGCCAGUCAUACCAAAGAUUGCUGGCAAGAUAAAUGGACAGCUUAAAGUAGAAAUGACUCAUUUCCUGCCAUUCAAUGAGAUACUUGAUAUGAUAGAGCCUGUUCAAUCCAGUGAUGUGGUGCAAAUGGAGAUGUUACCGAUUAAUAUGGAUCAAGGACAAGGUUAUGGUUAUAUAUUAUACAAAGCCACUAUAGAUGGCAAGUCCAAGGAGCUUACAUUUCAACAUCCAGUCAAGGACAGAGCUCAGAUAUUUGUGAAUGGCAAGGAGAUAGCUGUAAUCACAGCAACACAAAACAAACCUGUACAACUUAAAAAUUUGCAAGUGGAUUCAAAGGAAAAUAGUUUAGAUAUUUUAGUGGAAAACCAAGGAAGGGUUAACUAUGGCAAAGAAAUUGGUUCAGAGAGAAAAGGUUUGCACGGCGAUGUUAAAAUUGAUGGCGUCAAAGUAACACCAUGGCGUAUCUAUCCAUUGGAAUUUAAAAAUACAUAUAUGGCAAAAGUGAGGGCAUCAAGUAAAUGGCAGAUUAUCUCAAAUGUAGCAAAAUAUGAUGGUCCUAUGAUUUAUAAAGGCACCUACACGCCACCUGGAAAACAGGAUGCAUUUAUUGAUAUGCAGGGUUGGACAAAAGGUGUUUUGUUUGUCAAUAACCUAUCACAGCUUGUUAUAUGGACUGACCUAUCACAGCUUGUUAUAUGGACUGGCCUAUCACAGCUUGUUAUAUGGACUGACCUAUCACAGCUUGUUAUAUGGACUGGUCUAUCACAGCUUGUUAUAUGGACUGACCUAUCACAGCUUGUUAUAUGGACUGACCUAUCACAGCUUGUUAUAUGGACUGGCCUAUCACAGCUUGUUAUAUCGACAGACCUAUCACAGCUUAUUAUAUGGACUGGUCUAUCACAGCUUGUUAUAUGGACUGACCUGUCACAGCUUAUUAUAUGGACUGACCUAUCACAGCUUAUUAUAUGGACUGGCCUAUCACAGCUUGUUAUAUGGACUGGCCUAUCACAGCUUGUUAUAUGGACUGACCUAUCACAGCUUAUUAUAUGGACAGACCUAUCACAGCUUGUUAUAUGGACUGACCUAUCACAGCUUGUUAUAUGA